UUGGACUGAUCAAUUGUUUGUCCUGUUAAUUUUGUAGUGUGGGUUUUAUGAGUCAUGAUUUUGAAUCUUUUCUGUUUGGUUGUUUAGAAAAUGGAGGAAUGGGCAUGAAAACAGAUAAAGCAUUUGAUACUUCAUCUCUCUUUCAUAAAUUGAUUAGGGCUUUUUAUAAGUUGGGUUGCUCUAUAUGGAUCUAAUUAGCAUAUUUUUAGGUGUAAUGUAAUUUUAUUGUAGACAUUAGGCAAAUAUAGAAAUAUGAAUCAAUAUUCCUAACAGUAGUGAAGAAUUCACAAAACUGUGUUGAUUUGAACAAUUAUAUGAUUACCAAUGGAUUGGCUGUAUUCACUGUCCCUAUAUUUGUAAUGAACACUUUUUUUUAUUUUUAUUUUUUGUGUUGGAUUUCAUAAUUACCAGUGGACACAUUUGAUUUCCAUGGGUCUUUUAUAUGCACGCUGAUCAUUUACCAACAAUGCAUAGACUACAAAUAUGAGAUUAGUUUGGAAACUUGUAAAUAUAAAUACUUGUACUUUAUGCUAUUAGAAGCUGGUGCAAAGGUUUUCUACUAACUCAGAUGUUCUGAUCCUUGACUUAGCCCAAUGUUCUAUUGAUUUGUGAUCUGGAAUAUGAGGUUAAUUUUAUUGUCAAUGUUGUUUGAACUUGUGGGUGACAUUUGUUUGAGCUUGUAUAUAUGGACUUUUGUCAAUCAAUUCACUAAGGAAAGCCAGCCACAAUAACAUGUUUCAUGGUUUGCAUAUAAUAUAUUAGAGAGGCAUCUGACAAUACGAGGUGUGGAGCGUGGAGCGCCUUGGCUUUCAAAACGAUAUACAGACCAACUACCUAAAGAAGGCUUUGGAAUGGUAUACAGACCAGCUGCCAAAAGAAUAAAAAGAAAAGAAAAAACAAUGUAAUCAAAACUGCUAAAGUGGGCAGUACAUAAAGGGCAAGGGUAAAGAAAAGAAAACGCUAAAACAGAUCCUCAGGGGGACACAGAUAGCUUCUGGCCUGUGACCUCUAUUUGCGUUAAUCCUAUAGGUGCUGUCUUGUGGAUCUUACAGCAGACUACAGACAUCUCAGAAAGCCAAUUGCUUCAGCCUUUUCAUCCGUUCUUGGCUCGCUAUGAUGCUCACAUGUUUCUUCUGUAUAUAUAACAUACGGACUGAACUCUGCCGCUUCAGUGGUGCCAAGAGAUACCCUGGCAAGGGUAUCAGAUUUAUUCAUUCAGACUCUCAGGUCUUCCUCUUUUCCAAUUCAAAAUGCAAGAGGUACUUCCACAACAGACUGAAGCCCUCGAUGCUCACCUGGACAGCCAUGUACAGGAAGCAGCAUAAGAAGGACGCCGCUCAAGAAGCUGUUAAGAAGAGGCGUCGCGCUACUAAGAAACCUUACUCAAGGUCUAUUGUUGGUGCUACCUUGGAGGUUAUCCAAAAGAGAAGAACCGAGAAACCUGAAGUUCGUGAUGCUGCCAGGGAGGCAGCCCUCCAUGAAAUUAAGGAGAGGAUUAAGAAAACAAAGGAUGAAAAGAAGGCCAAGAAAGCUGAGGUGAUCACCAAGACACAGAAGUCACAAGGCAAAGGUAAUGCCAAGGGUGCUGCACCAAAGGGCCCCAAGCUUGGAGGUGGUGGUGGAAAGCGAUAAACAGCCAUUGUUUCCCGCUUUCUAAUAAGCUAGAAAGUUUCUUGAUGAUUUUUGUGCCGUUUGGGAAGUGGGUUGGCUUUUUGACUUUUUUAGCUAUUUUAGCCUGGGCUAAAAAGCUUGGUCUGGGAAGGGCUUUUUGAUUUUUUUGACUUUUUUUGUGAGAGAAGAGUAUAAUGAUUAUGAGAUGGAUGUGAUGUUUUAUUUUUUGUGACUAAAAUAGCCUAUUUUGUCUUUUGUGGCUAAAAUAGCCAAAAAAACCCCAAAUAGCUCUUCCCAAAUGGAGCCUUUGUAUGGGCUAACGAUUUUAGUUUCUUGUUUAGUUGGAAUUUAUGGGCAUGCUUACAUUUGGAACUAGUUUACAUGCACAAAACUUUUUUUAAUAUACAUUUGUUUUUAGUUAUGGUUUA